AUUAUUUUCUAUUAUCAGAGUCUGAUUAUCUUUUUAAAACAAAGUGUGGUUUGCUUUUAAAAAUUACUUGGUGAAUGGAUUAGAAAUUUUGGUAAAUAUGUUUUGUCCACUUCAGUUUCUUUAAAAAGUUUUGCUUCUGUAUUUACUACAUAGCACUGUAACUUUUUCAAAAUUAACAUGAUACCUAAUAAUGCUUGUCAGUGAUCUUCAGACUGGGUUAUGUAAAUCUCAUGGAGGGAAGCCUUUCCAAGGGUUAAAGAGGCACUUUAAGACAAUUUCCAUAUCUCAGUUGCCAUGUGUUCCCUUUCUUAAAACUGAUCUGCCUUUGGUCCAGGUGUCAUCCUGUUUUCCAGAAGAGAUGCAUACUUCUCAUGAGCCCCAAAUUUUACUAUAGCGCACUGCUUCAAGUUGUAAAAACUUCUUGGGCACAAACAGAAGGGAACAUUUUGAGAUACUGGCGUCAGUGAUGUUGAGGAUGUGAAUGACUAUAAUGACUUGGUAACAAAUCCUCUUAUAUAUACCAGAUUGUUUCUAUCUAGUAUUUGGUUUGAAAAAAAUUGAAAGAGAAUCUAUCUAAUCAAGUUGUCAGUUAAUAAGGACAUUAAACAUAAUAUUUGAGGAUAGGUAACUGUGACUUUUGGCUGUAACAAGAGGUAGACAUGUAAAGAACUCAGUGACAUUGCCACAACAAAACUUUUUCUAUUACCAUCUAUUUAUAUAUUGUAAGCAAGGCUUCUCAGCUUAUACAUCUGUAAAAAUUAAGAAUUUUAAGAAUUAAGAAAAUUAAGAAUAGGAAGAGAAUUAAACUCCAUCUCAUUCAAUUAAUGAAGUAAUUAAAAUCAAUUACUAUUUCAAAGGAGAAGAAAAACAAUUUUGCAAAUUAGAGUGGAAAAUGAUUAGCAAAUAAACAUUUUUCCUUGAACUUUUUAUUAUGAAAAAUUUCAAAACAUAUACGAGACAAGCAAUAUACAACAAGCCCCCAUGUACCCAUUGCCAGUUUCAAUUUUUGUAAUGUCUAUUCCUCUGCCCCUCUGGACCCCACUACUCAAUAAUGAUGAUGGUUUCUCCAGUUUUUGGUGUUUUUUUUUUGGCGGGGGGGAGGGGUGGAUUUACUCUAAUGUGUUUUGUAUGUGUAUGUGUGUUUUUUCUAACAGCUUUGCAAAUAAAAUUUUUAUGAUAACUUUCAAAAGUAAACUGACAUAAACUUAAUAAUGGUUAGUAAAUAGUGGUUAUUAGGUCUCAUAUAUCCUUGGGGUACAUAAAAUCUUUCCAAGGGUACAGGGGCCAAUAUAUUUAUUGACUUAAGUUAAAUGUCAUUUCCAGGAUAGAUAAUAAGAAUGAGCAUUAAUCAAAUGCCUUCGCAUUUAAAGGUGAAUUUUUGGCGGUGGGAUUUUACUGAAUUAACACACAAUCAUUCGAAUAUGUUUUUUUCCUUAUUUACGAAGUCUGCCUAGGGAUUUCACGUAGCUACCCAAAAUGUUAUAUAAUGAUAGAAUUGGCAAAUAUUGUUACAUAAUGAAAGACAAAUGUUAAAAACAACAUGGAAGCAAAAUUUAAUUGUGCUUUACUUUAAUAAAUUAAAAAUAGACCAAGUAUAUGACCAUAGUCUAGAGUUGAAAUGGUUUUUAUUUUUUCAUGUUAAAUAUGACAGCUAAAUAAGGAACAUUUGUAUUAGAUUUGUAGGGCACAGUUUAGGUCAGAGGAUGAAAGUUUAAUAUAACUUGCUUAUUUUACAUUGAUUAACUGUAUACCGUCAGUAAUUAUCCAUGUGACAUCCCAAUGCAAAUGCUGAGAUCCUUUUCCAAAAGAGUUGUUUUUUUGUGUGUGUGCUUUUUCAAAGGUGAAAAAGGUUUUUGUGGUUUAAAUGUUGUUACAUAUUUUACAGCAUUAGGAUCUAUGGAAUAUUUUGACAACUGCAACAGUUCAAUGAAGUUGGUAAUUUCUUCUUUUAAUUAUUUUUCAUUGAACAGCUUUGGAGUUACAUUUCUACAUUUUGAUUUUUGGUUUAGUAUAAGGAAAGGAAACUUAAAAUAUGUCAAAGGAUGCUGUAACUUUGAUAAAAUAGUGUGGUAUUCCUUCUAGCUACUGAUUGUAUAUGUAUGACUGCACAUCCUUUCCUGAAUAAAUUGAUUUGUAAGGUUUCACAGAUUACCAGCUAUGCCCUAAUCCACUUGUAAAGUGGAGAACUGACCUGGCUUUAUUCAAUUAAAUAAUACUCUGGUACAGGUUUUCCCCCAUAAUAAAAUUUUAAAGUGUAAUGUUUUGGAUUUUUUGAGGAUAAAGUUAAAAAAAUACAUUUUUUAUAACUUUAGUUGCCAAAUUAUUUUAUUUUAAACUUGUUUUAAAAAUUAGAGAUGUAUUGUUUCUGUUGGGUUCAUAUCAACAAUUAAUACGUUUGAUUUCAGAUCUACAACUUACUGCUUUGUAAACUUCGCCGAGCAAGGAGUAAAUAAUGCUGAAAAAUUUGACUAUGUGAUGCAGUUUUUGAAUAAGAUGGCUGGUAAUGAAUAUGUUGGAUUCAGUAAUGCCACGUUUCAGUCUGAAAGAGAAAGUGGAGAUCGAAAUUUUGCAAUAGGAUAUUACUUAAAAGAAAAAAAGUGUUUUCCAGAAGGCACAGACAUGGUUGGUAUAUUAGACUUCUAUUUCCAGCUAUGCUCCAUUGAAGUGACUUGUGAAUCAGCUAGUGUGAUGGCUGCAACCCUGGCUAAUGGUGGUUUCUGCCCAAUUACUGGUGAAAGAGUACUGAGCCCUGAAGCAGUUAGAAAUACACUGAGUUUGAUGCAUUCCUGUGGCAUGUAUGAUUUCUCAGGGCAGUUUGCUUUCCAUGUUGGUCUUCCUGCAAAAUCUGGAGUUGCUGGGGGCAUUCUUUUAGUUGUCCCCAAUGUUAUGGGCAUGAUGUGCUGGUCCCCUCCUCUGGACAAGAUGGGCAACAGUGUUAAGGGAAUUCACUUUUGUCAUGAUCUGGUUUCUCUGUGCAAUUUCCAUAACUAUGAUAAUUUGAGACACUUUGCAAAAAAACUUGAUCCUCGAAGAGAAGGUGGUGAUCAAAGGGUAAAGUCAGUGAUAAACCUUUUGUUUGCUGCAUAUACUGGAGAUGUAUCUGCACUCCGAAGAUUUGCUUUGUCAGCCAUGGACAUGGAACAACGAGACUAUGACUCUAGAACAGCACUCCACGUAGCUGCUGCAGAAGGUCAUGUUGAAGUUGUUAAAUUUUUGCUGGAAGCCUGCAAAGUAAAUCCGUUCCCCAAGGACAGGUGGAACAACACCCCUAUGGAUGAAGCGCUGCACUUUGGACACCAUGAUGUAUUUAAAAUCCUCCAGGAGUACCAAGUCCAGUACACACCUCAAGGAGAUUCCGACAACGGAAAGGAAAACCAAACUGUCCAUAAGAAUCUUGAUGGAUUAUUAUAAUUAUCUUAAUCCCAAAAUUUAAAUCACUUACCUAUUUAAUUGUGGAAAAUGAUUAUGAAGAACAUGUGUAUUUCUAUGUGGUAGUGAUGUAUAUUUUACAUUUGUCAUUUCAGUGUUAUUGGAGUUUUCUUUAUUUUAUGCACAGGACAAAUACGAUCUCUUUGGAAAAAAAUAGAAAUAAAACAAUCUCCCUCCAUAAUGUGAGCAAUAUUUACCUUGUGGCAUUGUAUAAUUUGAUGCAAAAGAAAUAGUUACCAGUUCUAGCUUAACUAUGUGAUCUUCUUGAUUUAUUUUUGUGUUUUGUGAAUUUUCAGUUAAUGAUGAUAUCUGCUGACAUGCAUUGAUAAAUUAAGCACUAUGGUACAGUCUGUCCAAAUGCAUCAAGGCUGCCUUUAGAAGCAAAUAGUGUGGUUUCAAGACUUCAAAUAUAGAUUUAGCUUGAGUGUUUGAACAACUAUAUGCACUUAGGGUCAUGUGUUUCAAAUGUCUUCCAUCACUCUCACUUCAUGAUGUGACUCUUUAAAGAGUCUAUUAUUUAACACCUGUUGGUAGAAUAGACCAAUUUUGAUUAGACUUUAUCAGGGAAUCUGUUUAAGAUAUGUUGGCGGCCAAAACGUGUGUGAAUGUAGUUAUAAUACUUUUGAAAAGUUUUCCUCCUUUUUCUAUAUCCCCUUAGCCCAGCCUCUCUUCCCAGACAUUUAUCUUCUAUUUGCCUCUGUCCUUUAGCUGGGAAAAUGGGUGCUGGCAUACUAUGCAGUUUUCAUGUUUUCAACAAUAAGUCAGAAAAUGCCUCAUAUUUCUGGCAUCAGAGCUAUGUUAUCUGUGUACAGAAGAUGAACCAGAGACAAAUUACUAGUCAAAAUUCAUCAGUCUAAAACGUGAAGGGAUGUGCUAAUAUGGCUCUUUAAGAAGAUAUUUUUCAGUAUCUAGAAUGAGUUCAGAAAUGUUCUAAACUACCAAAGUUAUCUGAUAUUAUGGGAACUGCUAUAAAUAACAUUUGUUUUUAAACCUGUCGUUAAAAGCCUGCAUCAAGAUAUUUUUCUCUUUGGGGUACCACUAGAUCUCCAGUUUUCUUCCAGUUCUCUAUUGUGUAACAUUGGUGGGCUUCUAUAGUUUAAUCAGAAGAAAAGACCAUUGAGACUCAUCAUUAACUCAUGAUUAAUUGGGAAAAUAGGUUAAAAGGACUGUAAAAGUGAAAGAACAGUAUAUGCUAGGAAUUGCACACAUACUUUAUCUUAUACCUCAAAGGGAUGAAGGAGUAUGUUAAUGAGGACCUCUGAUAUUAAGCACACACACACAAAUGGACUUCUUUGAAGCCGUGUUUAGUGAAAUGAACAGAAUCCUCAAUUACAUGAAUGCCAGUGAUUACCACAUUAAUAUAGCCAUUUCCUUCUCUUUUUUUUCUAUUAGCAUUCACUGCUGCUUCCAAGCUUUAUUAUGCCUGAUGGCACCUUAUCCACUUCAGCCAGCUUCCAAGUGCUUUGAUUUUUACUUCCAAUCUAAGUCAGUGACUUCACCCAUCACCUCCCGUUAUCUAGACAGCACCUCCUUUCGUGAACCGUGGCCAGUAUUCCUAACCUGAAUGGUGUCAGGCAUGAAGCCCGUUCCAGAGUGCAUGCUUUUGUGGGAAGGAUGGUGGGUGGGCAGCCAGCUGGGCUGCUGCUGUCUUGCUCCACAGAUCUAGCAAGCCAUGUAGAGAGGUAGUACUUGCAAAAUGUUCUGUAGGAGGCAUAAAUCUUUCCCCCAAUGAUAUUAUGCAAUAGAUGGUUUUUAUUGAAAUUAAUUGAAAUAACUUUGCUCAAACAGCAGCUUGCUUUACGAUAUUAAAAUGAAAAAUUAAGAUGGUUCAAUUGUGUGGCUUGAAGAUUACCACUGAUUUGAGGCUUUAAUAAAAGAGGUUCUAACUAUUAUUUGGGAACAAGGAGUUUUUAUAUUUUCUCAGAACAAAACUAUUUUGUAAAACCCUUGUGGUUUAGUUAAACGUGCCCUUACCCAUGAUGUUAUUUAUAACUAUACACUGAUUCCUGCUCUGGAUGUUUGCUAUUGGCUGGUAGUUAUGAGUGCAUUUGGUUUAAAUGCUUGUGAACUGUGCUGUUAACUGCUGCCACCAAUAUAUUCCAAAGAUCUUUUUAGUUUUAGGCACAUAUGUGCUUUUUACGUCUCUUGAGAAUUCUGUAUGUUCAUGUUAAUUUAAAGCUUUGUACACAUUUUUGUUUUCGCUGGUCUCAGUUUCAGUGAUCUCAUCUUUGGGCGUAACAUGCCAUUCCCCACUACUGUCUACACUGCUCUUUGGCUGUAGAGCUGGAUUAGCUAUCAACCAUUUGAAACUGUUGUCUGGCAGUGUCUGAAUGACCUGACGAUGGAUUUAGCUUCUUCCUGGGAAUUAUACAGCUAUGAAUGUAAUUGCUUCCAGAAUCUCCCAUAAGUGAAUCUAAUGUUAAAAUUAUAAGUUGUAAGUAUUCUGAAAUUGGGAAAUGCUUCUUUAAAUGAAAUCAGUUAGUGUUGUUUUUUUACAGUGUAAUAAAUACAUGUAUCAAAAAAACUGUGAAAAAUUAAUUUUCUUAAAACAACUAAGGUUUUCUCUUACAUCAUUGGGUUGGGAACUCUGUUGGCACAUAGGAACUAUGUCUGGUUGAAAUCAAGAAACCAUUUCUAAUGUGUACUACAGUGCAAGGUGAGGGGUCCACAAGUUCAUCCAUGAAGGUGAGGAACAGGGAAGCAUGUCUCUAGUCUGCCAGAAGUUAACACUGUCCUUUUUGCAGUUAGGACAUGCUCAGUGAAUAGUUGUGGAAUUGAAUAACUAAACAUGUCCUUCCAUAGGAGGAUUUCUAGCCUCCUUAAUGGGAGGAGAGGCUAUUUUUACAGUCUUGAAAUCUCUUUGAGAAGUUGAAUCUAGUGCUACCACCCUAGGAUUUAAGUUGGCCCAACUGUCAAAACUCAGCCCCCAAAUGAGUCAUUUAUAUAUAGGAAUGGCAUUCACUUCCAGUGCCAGAAACCCCUGUUCUCAGAGUACUGCCCACGCUUUCCUUUCAGGUUGAGUGUUAGUGUGUAUGGUUUUCUAACCAUCAAUAAGGUAGAUGAACACCACGGCUGUUCCAUUUUUGUCUACCAAAGUUGUCUCUGCUAUAAAGCAAAUCUGCUUUGCUAUAGGAAUCAAACGGUGUUACAUGUCUGCAUUACUGACAUUUUAGAACCUGGAAGAGAACUCAGAAUUUCUCUAAUCAAUUUCUACUCAUUUUUAUAAAUGAAGCUGAGACCCAAGAGUGGCCUGUGAUACAGAACUUGGUCCCAUGCUCUUUGCUUACAUCCUGCAACACUGACUCUUUCCUUUAUGAAUACAAUAUCCACCAACAUGCAUAUUAGCAAAGACCUUAUUUCUGCAGAGUUUUAAGGUCAAGUACAAACACUACAAUGUGAGUCUUGAAACAAAGUCAACUUCAGUUAUACAUAUAGACAUCCACAAAUAAAGCAUGGCAGUGCAAGGGAACCAAAUGUAUGAAAAAUCCCAAGUAGUGAAAAAUUAAGAUGUAUUUAUUCCACAUACAGGAUCAUUAUUUUUUGUGGGACUUUUUAGGGGGUGGGGCUAUUUUUCCCAUUACAUGUGCUAAUUCUUAAAAUAAAAUGAUUAAAUGCAUAGAUCGUAGACCAGAUGGUACAGGGAAGCAGCCCAUGAGUGUGUUAGGUGGUACUUGGUAAGGUUUUCGAGUGUUAUAAUAGCAUUACAAAGUAUUAGAGAGGAAUUCAUAGAAUUUGAUGCUUUGUGUGUGACAGCUUUCUCCCUUUAAGGUACCUUUAUUUUCCUGAUACACCUAAAAUAAAUUUAAUUUAAAAACUG